GUUUAGACAGACAGCUGUGUUACUUCUUAGUGUUUCUUCCUAGUAAAAGGAGCUCCACAGUCAGUGUAUUGUUUGUUCUCUUGUCUCAUCACCGCAGCUCAUUAUAAUCACCCUGGAGAUGGUCUGUCACCUCUGAUACUCCACUCAUACACACCAUCAUGUUUUCAAUUUGGCAACGCCUCUCGUGAGUGUGUGUAUGUUUGCUCAGGGAGACCCUGAGAAGAGUUGCGGGCUUAAUUAUUGAGCUGCUGCCUCCUCCUGCUACUCCUUCUAAGUUCUGAAGGACUUUAGGCUGGGCCAAAACACACAUUCCCACCAGGAGAAGCGCCCCACCCCCGACCAACAAACAACCCAGCUCCUGCAGCUCAGCACCUUCUCACUAUCCUCCCUCAUUAAAAACUGCUCGUUAUCUGCAAGCUUGUAUAUUUGUCAGAAGAAACUGUCCGGAUAUAUGGGAAAUUCAUUCUGAAUUUUUCUCCUGGUUUUACGAUUUGAACUAUGAUACACUUGUGGACACUCUCAGCUCUUUUUAAAACGUUUUUGGACAGUUUUGUGCUGGUUGACUUUAAGAACAAAGUGGACUUAUCAGGAAUCUAGUUAUCAACCAGCUGCAGUCCCCCCCCCCACCCCACCCCCUUUCCCACUGAGCCCAAGGGGCCAGUUAGACCUCAGGAGCCCGUGGUUCGGCCCCCCGCUGCCCUGCGGAGGCCGACGCCCUGCCAGGUGUGGACCCUGUCUCCCCUGCCCUCGUGGUGCUGGUGCACUCGGCUCUGCUGGCCCAGGAUGAUGUGGCAAUGCCACGUGUCGUCCUCCGAGUGCCGCUGCUACCGGCUGAAAGGCUUCUCCCUGCUCAAGCGCUUCCCUCUGUCGGUAGGUGCGUCCGGGCGGCUGCUGGAGCAGCCCGUGGGGGACUGGCUGGAGCAUGUGGGCCUGCCGCAAUACGAGAGCAAGCUGCUGCUCAACGGCUUUGACGACCUGCGCUACAUGGGUAGUAAUGUGAUGGAGGACCAGGACCUAAGAGAGAUCGGGAUCACAGACCCAGGACACCGGAGGAAGAUUCUGCACGCUGCUAGAUCUCUACCUAAGGUGAAGGCUCUGGGCUGUGACGGCAGCAGCUCUCUCUCCUCCUGGCUGGAUAUCCUGGGCCUGCAGGAAUACAUCCACAACUUUCUGUCCAGCGGAUACCGCAACUUGGAGUGUGUCAAGAACCUGUGGGAGCUGGAGAUUGUCAACGUGCUGAAGAUCUCCUUGCUCGGACACAGGAAACGCAUCAUCGCCUCCUUGGCCGAACGGCCCUAUGAGGAGCCUCCUGUCAAACCGCCACGUCUGUCCCAAAUAAGGUGUCUGGAUCUACCAGGCUCCCAGACCUCCUCUCCUCUGAGUCAGAUGGACUCCUACACAGGCCGGUCCAUGGACCCCCUCCUGCCCCUGGGGGAUUCUGGGAGGAGGAAGGACCCCGACUAUGAUGUAGCCCCCCGAGGCCGCAGUGAACGCCACCAGUCUCAUGAGAGGUACGAGGACCGUCACCGGGAGCCUCGUCUGACCCUGCGGCCCCCCAGCCUGGCAGCCCCCUACGCCCCGGUCCAGAACUGGCACCACCAGCCUGAGAAGCUCAUCUUUGAAUCUUGCGGCUAUGAAGCCAAUUAUUUGGGCUCCAUGCUGAUCAAAGAGCUGCGGGGGACCGAGUCCACUCAGGACGCCUGUGCCAAAAUGAGGAGGUCGACUGAGCAGAUGAGGAAGGUGCCCACCAUCAUCCUCUCCAUCACCUACAAGGGCGUCAAGUUCAUUGACGCUGCAAACAAGAACAUCAUAGCAGAACAUGAGAUCAGGAACAUCUCGUGUGCGGCCCAGGAUCCAGAGGACCUGUGUACCUUUGCCUACAUCACCAAGGACCUGCAGACCAGCCACCACUACUGCCACGUGUUCAGCACCGUCGAUGUGAACCUGACCUAUGAGAUCAUCCUGACGCUGGGACAGGCAUUCGAGGUGGCUUAUCAGCUCGCUCUCCAGGCCCAGAGGACCAAGCAGCACCAGGGCGCCCAGGCAGGACCUGGGUCAGAGGUCAUUGAGACCAAAUCCAGCCGACCCGUCCCCAAACCGCGGCCCAGCAUGCGGAAGUCAGGGGUGGACUCCUUAGACCUGGAGGUGGACUCCCAGUCCCAAGGCAGUUCUACGUGGCUGGUGGAUCCCAAGGACUCCAAACGCACCAUCAGUACUAAGUACGAGACUACAAUAUUCUGAGUGGAGCCCUCCUCCUGACCUCUGAACUCUGUCGUGUCCCACCUUCCUCCUCUUUUCCACCUCCUCCUGUGUGCCUUUCACUGUGACUCUGCCUCUCUCUGGGCCGGCCUCUGGCCCCUGGUCCCUUCCUCUGUCUCUCCACCCUCACACCCUCUGCCUCCGGUGGACCUGUCAAGACCCUCCUCUCCUCUCUGACUGUGUAGCUAUCAUCAACUCCUUCUAGGUACUGACUAGGUCCUUCUCUUUCAUGCUAAGCUACAUGAGAGCCUGUACUUUUUGUCCUUUUCCUAGCCCUAUCCUCCUGUCCCCCUAUCCUCCAGACAUAUUUAUGAUGUUUCCAUGGUAAAAUAGUAGGAACAGUGAUGCCAUAUCAGUGCUGAGAUGCUAACGGCUUGACCUGACCGUGCGUAGAGCUAGUAUGACAUGGACAUGACGUUGUCAAAUGUGAGCUCCAUACUUUCUCUUGUCCUUGAUGACCCCUUCCUCUCCUCCUUUCACGCUGUUCCCUAAACUUGUGGAUCCUUGCCCCCCCCCCCAUCUCCUUUAGUGCAGUGUUCUUGUUACUCCUCUAGUGAGUCUGUUUUCUCAUCCGGUGCUUUUCCUGUCCGACCAGGAGACGGCCACUCUGAGGCGCUCCUGAAGAACGUCUCUCUGUCCAUCUUUUCUGAACGCUCGCGACUUCUGACUCGAGCGUGGAGAAAUCAAAUGUUUCGCCACAGCCAAGGAUCACCUACCGGGAGGGGACUGUAAGACUGACACUGACACAUUGUUCUAUGCAUCAGUAGGACAUUCACCUUCUCUGUUCAAAGGGAUGCCAUGCCUGGCCCCUUGACCCAGGACUGAACCCACUCUCAGAGGACUCAGUAGACUGACUGUGCUCCUGCUGUCACACGUGCCCUCUGCUUGGUGCCAAGCUGCCAAAGGAGGCAUGGGUCUUAGCACUGUGAUGUGGAGUCUGCAAGGAGAGUAGCUAAUGCAAUUAUCAUUGAUGAGGCAUUUGCUAGAGAGCGACAGUGGGGUAGAGUAGAGAGGACGGGGCGGGGAGGGAGGGGGGGGGGGACCCAGUCCUCCAUGAACGUCCCCUCUGUCCCAGACAGCCCUGUGGAGGAGCAUGCCUUUCUGUGGUUUUAACCUGUUAAAACCUUGACUUUGAUCAAGUUGACAAGUUGAUCUUUUCAAGUGGGGCUUGGGUGCCUGAAAAUAUUUGCAUCCAAAAAUAUAUGAUGAAUUGAAUAGACUGUUCAUGUUUUGAGCCAAAGAGAUGCACAACGCAUGAAUUCUACUGAUCACAACUGCUAGACUUUGCGUGACAUUAUUUGUUGUGAACCCAGUACAGCAAUCAAUAAGUGAAAUGAUCAGUAUCUGUUAAUACAUUUGAUGGCUCAUCACGUCCCAGAUACAUAUUUUACAACCCAAGCAUGUCGCAUUGGAGAAAGUUUAUGCUCGUCUAGAAACUAUUCUGUCCAAUUUACAUCUAAUCUGCUCCAGGCUGAAAUGUUAUCACUGGAAGUGCAGUGCAUCCAAUCCUCAUUUGAAGAUUUAUUUAUUUACCUCAGUGUCGAAUUUGUAAUAAUUUGACAUGUCAAGAACUGUGUUUCAGUCAACACAAUGAAUGACUCUUUAAAGAGGAAAACUUUCCUUCUCUUUUACCUUCCCUUAUUUUCUUAACUCAUGCCUUCUAUGUGUCCAUUUUGACUCAAAUGCCUUUGUUUGUUUUGGAAUCCAACCAAAGUUAAUAUUUAAGUGCUGUCUUUGGAGUCUGUUAAUGAUUAUACUUAAAAUACAAUUCAUUCUCUUUUUAUUUGUUUGAUUUAUUUUUUAUUUUUUCAUGUGUGGCCCACCAUAUCAAAUUUUUUAACCUCAUUGUCGUGUGUGUGUGUUUGUGCGUGUGUGUGUGUGUGUGUGCGCGUGCUGGCGUUAAUGUGUUUAUGUCCGUCCAUAUCUGUCUCCCUCCUUCCCUGUAGUUGACCGUGGCCCGACCCCAAGCCAAAGUGAGAGGGACGGGUCUACCACGGUACUGCAUUCUGGGUAGGAUAAACAAAUGAGCCCACCUUCCUCCCUUGCAGCUCACUAUUCGCUGGGACCAUUCUAACAUGCUACAGUACCAGACAGGGUCAACAGCUUCCUCUUCUCUUAACCCCCCUGUCAACUGGGGGCCCCUCUCCUCUGAUACGUUGUGGGUGGUGACAGACAGGCAAACAGACAGACAUCUACUGCUCCCUUUCAACCCCAUCCAUCAGACCCAACCAGCCUCACCAAGACCCCACACCCCUCACCGACGUACACUGGACAGUCAGUUAUCCAGCGAAAAUUUAAUAAUGUGGUGGGGAUUCUUUUUAAGUGCUCCAUCCUCCUACUCAUCUUCCCCUCCUAUUCUGUCAUGGUACUAAUAAGAAAAUAUGAACCUGAAAAGCUAGAAAAGGCACUUUUGGUAAAACGUAUACAGUACGAGAGUCAAGUUCUUUCUUGUUAUUUAUAUCCGUACAAUCACAAGUUAGAAUUCCCCCAAUAUGUUGAUGCCUCAAACUGGUUUUCCCCAGAAAUGCUGUUUUCCAAUAGGGGUUGAGGUCAUGUUUACUGAAACGGGGUAUUUACCUGGCGAUCUCAUUGCAGUACCUGUGGUUAAUGAAAAACUCAUUGAGAAAAAGGCAUACAUUCAGUUCAUCUGCACUGCUACUCAUAAGUUACUCAUGUGGGUACGAAUAAAGAGUUAGAAAACAAUGUGAGAUUGUGAGUAUGCAGAAACAUCCUCCUAAGUAUGUCAUCACCUGCUCUGUAGAAUUAAAGCAUCUCUUCCUUAUCACCUUUUACCCCUAACACAAAACUGUGAUUGUUAGUGUAACCGUGAAUGGGAGUAAGUCAGUGACCUGCUUUUAGGUCUGAUAAAACAACACUACAAAGACCGUUUUUAACAAGGGGAAUGGCUUUCAUUUGAUUAAAUAGUUGUAUGUUGUGUAUUCUUGUAUGUUUGAACUGUUUUGAUGCUGGAAACGAGUACCAGGCUGGUAGAAGAGCUUUGCUUUACCCUGACCCCGUUCCUCUGUUCAUUCCAACCGGUCCGUUAGCAGAAAUGUUUAAGUAUGGUACGGUACACAGCACCAGAGUCCCAUAUCCUGGUACCUCUUUGUAGUACUUUAUGGUCACGGGUGUAUUUAGACCAUGUGAAUACAUUAUCCGGCCAUUACAGUUAUUACACAGUACGUUGCUGUUACACAGUACUAUACAUGGUCAGGCCAGUAUGGUAACUAUGGUACACUGUCAUGAGCUUAGCUGCCUGGUCCUGUCUCAGUGUUUGCACAUUUGCUAAGGAUCAUGGAUAAGAGGUAUGUUGGUGAUGAUUCUGAUGAUAUGGAUAGUGAUCAUAAUGAGAUAUUGAUAUUGGAUUGUAAAUUAAUCUCUAGCAGUCUGUAUUUUGAUACUUGAAUGAUUUGCUUUUAUAGAUAUCUAUAUAUAUAUGUAUAUGUAUGUAUGUACGUAUGUAAUUUUUGCCACAUUUGUCAAAAGAGAAAAACAACUAUGUCUUAUAAAGUUCAACAUAUCAUGACUACCCAGCGAUAAGAGACUGAGAUAAAUUACUCAGAAGAGGGACCUCACUACAGCUAUACAGGAAAAAAAGAUGUAUGUGUAAAUAAUCUUGGGCUUCCAGUCUUUUUUAUGAUUAUUAUUUUUCAUAAUUGUACAACUAAUAAAUGAAGCAAUGAA